AUGGGUGGCGAGGCACCCACUGUUGGAAUUGUGCUUGAGAUCAACCAAAUCUCCGAUGUAAUUCUCGGGUUUGGAGCCCUACGAGCGUCCCACCUCCUGGAUGAAGUUGCUGGCAACCUUAGAAUUCAUGAGCCACCUCAUAUGGGAAGUGGGGGCCAUUGGCGAGUAUCGCUCAUGGCUUCCGCUGGGUCGGGCCCCGGGAAGGUCGACGCAGCAGUGACACUGCCAUCGCCGCAGAAGCUGCAGUGGCACCAUUAUCGAAUCGCUAACACGUGCCGGUACGCAGAGGUUUAUGUCAGGCACCAGGUCGAGCUACAUUGGGAAAAAGAUAAGACCAUCACCCGGAAGCUUCUAAGGUUGCUCUACUCGGACUGCUUCGUUAGUGGAUGUGAUGCGUCGAUUCUGCUGGAUGGGUCAGACUCGGAGAGAAAGGCGCUCCAGAAUUCGGGACUCGGAGGUUUUUCCCUGAUCGACAAGAUCAAAACUGUUCUGGAGCAGCGUUGCCCGGGAGUAGUCUCCUGUGCCGAUAUUCUCAACCUCGCAACAAGAGAUGCUGCGCAUUUGGCGGGUGCCCCAUCGUAUCCAGUGUUCACGGGGAGAAGAGACGGUCCGAGAACAACUGCGGCCUCGGUGGAUCUCCCAUCACCCUCCAUCUCAUGGCAACAAGCACUGGCCCACUUCCAAUCCAAGGGCCUAGAUGUCUUGGACUUGGCAACACUUCUCGGGGCACACUCGACGGGAAUGACCCGCUGCCGCUACAUCACUGACCGCCUCUAUAACUUCAAUGGGACCGGCAAGCCAGACCCGGACAUGGACCCGGAUUUCAGGGCUAAGAUGUCCAAGCUCUGUCCUCCCCGGUCCAAGGGCCAACCGGACCCACUCGUCGAUCUCACUCCUGGAUCAUACUACAACUUCUCUAGUUUAUACUACUCCCAAAUCCAGUCCCGCCGUGCCGUGCUCCACCUUGACAAUGACUUGCUCCGCGGGAACGACACGCAGCAGAUUGUUGAGGAGUUCGCCAGAAGCGAUGAAGGGUUUGAGGACUUCAGGCGGUCCUUCGCACUGUCGAUGAGUCGGAUGGGGAGUAUCGGAGUGUUGACCGGCAAUCAAGGGGAGAUCCGGCGGAACUGCCGGUUCACGAACGCGGAGAGCCCUUGACAGGGGCGGUUCUAU